AUGUCCUUAGAUCUGCGCGUGUUUGCGUACGAGAACUUUUUGGAGUUCAUUGUCUGGACAGUGCGGGAGCGAGAUGUUGGGCUAGGCGCCCUCAGUUGCUACCGCAGUGCAGUGCAGAGUUUGUACGUCGAUCAAGGCGUUGACCUCCCUGAGCCAUACGACAGCGACAUGAAGGUGGUUUAG